AUGUUGACGACACUCGGCCGCAAGGAGGCGAUAAUGGCGUGUUUGGCGAAGAAGAUGUGGAAGCAGAAGAAGAAGCAGAAACAGCAGAGAGGCCGGAAGCAGAGCAAACAGAAGAAGAACAGGAAACGGAGGAGAAAGUCGCCGAAGAAGGAAAAGAGGGAGAUGAGGGGCCUGUCGAGCACAAGAACGGAGCGUGUAGCGCCACCUCCCCGAAGUACCUGCAACACGACUCCUCGGUCGACAAGAGCGGCAAACUCGUCCAUGGCCCGUGCCACCGCUCCCGCGUCAAGGGACGUGAGCAUCAAGAACAAGAUGCUCUAUGCCAAGCUCCACGGCUACGACUUUGAGUGGUGGGUCACGGCCUACAAGGCUCCCCAGGGCCAGACGCCGCGGCCGCCCAUCUGGACCAAGACGGCCUUCCUGCUCGACGUGCUCGCCGGCACGGAGGGGGAGGGAGAUUGCGAUUACGAUUGGCUGCUGUGGCUUGAUUGCGACUCGCUCGUGGCGAGGUACGAAUUCACGAUCAAGCACAUCACCGGGCAGUACUUCAACGACCAGCAUAAGCAGAUCGUACUCUCCAAGGAUCUAAACGGAUUCAAUUCGGGCAUCAUGGCGCUCCGAUGCUCGGCCUGGAAUCUGGCCCUGUUCCGCCGCAUCUGGGACUCCAAACAGUACAUCAACGACGUGUGGGCCGAGCAGCGCGGCCUCAUCGCCUUCUAUAACUCCGACUCCGACGUCAAGUCGCGCGUCGCGGAGGUGCCGCAGGACCAGAUGCAGUACGUGAAGGGGGCGCCGGCGAGGAAAGUCCCCGAGGGCGCGGCCGGCGAGUUCGACAUCUUCGUGGUCCACUUCGCCGGCUUCUGGGGCGCCAAGGACAAGUGGAUGGCCCAGUACUACCCAGAUAUCAUGAAGCACGGCAGCUGGAUGAAGCCGCCCCUGGACUGA